AUGAAGACUGCGUUCACUCUUCUGCUGCUUCUUCUGCUGCUAACCAUCGCUCGCAUCCUUGGCUGCAACUGUCCGAAGAACAACGCGUCGUCCUCUGCGGGCAAAGGCGGGUGGGAGGCGUUGGCCAAUCUCGCCAAUUACGACACGCAACUCAUCAAAGACUACUGUCGGGCGGACUUCUGUCUCGAGGCGUCCGUCAAGUCGGACAAGUCGUUCAUAGAGGACGACAACGGGUCGACGACUCACGCCUUUUACAACUUCAAGUCCGUGCGUUACUUCCGCUACAAACCCUCCUCAUUGGACGCCAUCGAGUCGGGACUCUUCCUCACGCCUCUCGACGACUGCGGCGUCGAUCUCAAGACGAAAGGCAUUUACUAUUUGUGCGGAACCGCUUUGGGACCCAACGCGUGGGUCACGGCUUGCGAUUACGGCAAGAAAUUCGAGGCCUUAACCUUCUCGGAGCGCAUCUUCUUCCUCGCCGGCUAUAAGAAAGUCAAUUGUUUCGACCAAAACAUAGACCCCCAGCCCCCCAAUUACAUCCGACAGCCGCCGCCGAACAAACCGCCGCGACAGCCGUCCGCUCCCUACCAACAACCGCCGCCGUCUGCGCCCAACAGACCGCCGUAUCCGCCGUCCAAACCCAACCCUCCGCCCACUUAUCCCAACAGCAACGCCAAUACUCAGCCCCAGAGGGCGCCUCCGCCUCCACCACUGCCUCAGCGCCCGAAUCCGCCGCCCACUCAACAGCGGCCGCGACCGCCGCCCGUCGAGAGCGCGCCUCCGGUGAGAGCGCCGUCUUAUCCGCCGCCGAAUCAACAGAUUUACGGCCAACAGAGCGCUCAGCGACCGAAAGAGACUCCGACUCAACGACCGGAAAUGCCCAUACAGUCUGUGCAGUCGGCGCUACAGAUGUUUCCAAUGCUCACAAACUUCUCGCAACUCAACCACAAAGAGCCGCCGCACCAGAAACCCGUUGAACCUCUUCUGCCGCAAACUACUUACGACACGAGACCAGAGAUGGCAGCAGUGGUUCCGGAAAGACCAGUCUUUGGCGAUCAGAUUUUGCCCGAAAUUCCCGACAUUCCGGUCGACGCCCUCUUCGGCGACAAACCCCACAAAGACAGGCAGAAGAACGACAACAAGAACGAGCAUCAGAUGCAUCGCCCGCCGCCACCACCGCCGCCGCCACACCACUCGGCGUCCGAACUCAUAGAUCCCGUGUUUCCGUCGCUUUUGCCGCAAAUUCCCAACGAAUUGCCGGACAUGGAGUUGGAGCCCGACAUCCGGCCCGUGAAGGAUCAGAACGGCGGCAAAGAGUACGCGCGACCGCCCGUCAGAGCGCCGGCAGACGCCAAUUACGGACAACAGAGACCCGCGAAGUAUCCGAACGCCGAUUACGACAACAAUUACGUCCCGAAUAGGAGACCGACGAACGCGCGGCCCGAAAGACCCGAAGACACGAGUCCUGCGCGACGGCCGAGACCUCCGCCGCCGCCCGCCAACGAGCAGUACUGGAACGACGGCCAUCAGAGGGAACCGCAGUCGCCGUACGAAAGGCCGCAAACGAGAGGAACGCGAAGACCGACGACAACGACGACGACAUCGCGCGCGACGUCUGCCGCUGACUACGACUACGACGACGAGCCGACGACAACACAGCGCGCGAACCUCCCGGCGCCGCAAAAGCCCAACAGUCCGCGAAUGUUCGACAAGCAGUCGGCGCCGAAGACGGGCUCGAAGGAGGAGUUCGCGAAUUACGAUCAGUUCGCGGACCGGAAGCCGGGAAACGCGUACAUUUCGGGGCCUUAUAUGCGGCCCCAAAAGUACGAGCGGUGGCCGAACGCGACGGCGGACGAGGACUACGCGGACGCGGAUCUCAUUCCUCCGCGAAGAAGUGCUCUGAAUGUGAACUCUGGGCGCCGACCAGACGAUUAA